UUUUCUAGCGAAAAUGGCUGCCUUUCGGCUUUAAACCUCAACGGUUCAGGGAAAAAAUAUUCAUUCCACAAACCAAAAUUAUCACUAUUUUUGAACAAGGAAAUCCCACGCGAUUCAAGGAUGUCCAUAUUUUUGCGUAAAUAGCAUUAUGCUUUUGGUUUCAGGGAUGGAAGAAAUGUCUGUUUUAUAUUUAACCCUUCACCUUCCGUUCUAGAUGAGAAAAUGAUGCACCAAGUAGCAAGCAACAGCAGUGACUACGGUUUGGGCAGCAUAGGUGAUGAUGGCCAACACCAAGUCAGUCACUUUGAGCUGUGCAGCUCACAAUCCAACAAAUUCUACCCAUCUGCCCCACCUUCCUCGCUCCAGCUGCCACUCCCUAAUUUGCCUCCCUUGCCACAGGGGUUGAUCAAGCCUAUGUCUUGCCAGAUGCAGGACACCCAAAAUGAAUUUCACUCCCAAACCGUUCGAAUGAGGGCUGCAGAGGCACCAGAGGCAUCCAAGAAGAAAAAGGGUCUUGGCAAGUCCGGACGACGAGGCAGGCCCUCGGGUACAACUAAGUCCGCUGGCUACAGGACAAGCACAGGACGGCCACCCGGGACAACCAGAGCAGCAGGAUUUAAAACCAGCCCGGGAAGGCCGCUGGGCACCACCAAAGCUGCAGGCUACAAGGUGAGCCCAGGUAGGCCUCCAGGCAGUAUCAAGACACUGGCAAGACUCAACAAACUGGACUAUAGUGGCUGCAAUGGUGCUCCGUUUCCAUAUACCAUGAUGCAGAAGAGGGCCUUGUGCGAAGCCACUGUGAAAGAAAAAGACACUGAGUAACAAAAGGUCUUUUCUAUUUAUUUCAAGGGGGGACUCGGGAUGUGGGUGCAUGUCCAAAGUCACAGUGAAUUGUGUUUGCACAGCCAAACUCUUGCAAUGAAAAAUGAGAGAUUUUGAUACUUAAAUGUACGUGUAUGUGCCAGUGUUAUUCAUUUGAUCCUUUUGUGUAUCUUUUUCCAAAGACCUUUAGCAUUACUGCCAUGACAUAUGUUAACUUAUUGUACAGAUGUGCAUGAUGGUAGUAUUGUGAAAUAAUGUUACAGUAUCGAAUCAAAUAUUAAUCUUUUCGGUCAUUAGACUUUGUUCAAGUGAAGUGUAGAAAGAACUGCAAUUGUGUUGUUUACAUUUAACUUAAUCUUUUGUUCUAAUGCUUUUGAUGUGAACUCCUGGGAUCAGUCUAUACCACACAUGACCUGUUUCACUUCAGAUUCUGGGACACAUUUGACUUUACCCAGUAAUAAUGACACCUUUCACCCGAUGUGUAUGUGUAAGUGCUAAGUUUGUAAUGUCCUAAUGGUAUGUUUAUCUUUUCUGUUGUUGUGUUGUAUUUAAGAAAUGUCUGGUGCCCUUUUGAAACAGACAAUGGUGUUUUUAUAUGAGGUCAGAUUUUAGGCAUAACAAUGCCUUUUCAAAAAGGUUUUUGUAAAUAUAACUGUUCAUUUAUAUUCGGCAACGUGUUGUGUUCCAAUCUAAAUAAUCGAGCCAAUGAAUGACUGAACCUAAAAACCAUUACUACACGUUGCUUUGACUUUGUUCUGUUUUUAAGUAUCACAGUUUUGUGUUAUUAAAUACACCUGAUCUGCUAAAAAAUAAACAAGUGUCACUCCA